CGUUCCACCGACACAUUCGCCACUCGGUCGCUGUAGUAACGCGUGGGGAGCGGAGGCAGCCGGCUACGGAUCAUUUUCGACGGAUAAUUAGAACAACUUCCCACACGCUUCACUUUGGCGUCUGAAGUCAUGACAGAUUACUAUUUUUGUUACCCCCCAGGUGGUGUUUGGAAUUUAUGCCUACUAGGGAUAAAUACAAACUAGAAAGAACUUUUUUUUAAAGCAUUUUUUUCUAUGUGGGAAAGAAAGAAAAAAAAAAACAAGCUUUGUCAAGUUGUGGUAGCGUUCGGCGAUUGUUCCACUUGGAAGCCGGUGUUGGUGACGCGUAGGCGGACACCAGAGAAGCAGCUACUCGCUGGCCACCUGACCCUGUGGAAAAUAAAACGGCGACACUAAGCACCGUGGGGGCGAACUUUCAGCAAGGUUGUUGCUUGUUUACUUCGUCCUUUGCCCCGGAAAGAGCUGCUUUAUCGCUGGGCUCUCCUUCGGACUCGCUUGCCAUCUCUCGUGGAUUUUAGCGGACAAAGUUCUCGCGUCCACGAUGCAUAACACCGGCGUAAUCCCGAGGCUGGAGCCCGUAACAGCCGCGCUCUAACGUGCACCCAGCGUGGCGCCGCCGUCGGGAUGAGCACCACCGACCUGGAGCGCGUGUCGCUCAGCUCGUCGGCCAACUCGGUGGCCUCGAGUGCGCGAACGCUGUCGGUCAAUGUGAAAAAGCUUCACAACGCGCUCAACCUGCUGCUGAACGACUUUGAAAGGGAGCAGUUCAUCCACUGCCUCAAUGUCUACCACUCCAAGCGCAACGUGUACGACUUGGUGCAGACCCUCAACGUCAUCCUCAACGCGCCCAGCAAGCGACAACUUCUCCCCAUGCUUCGGCUUGUUAUCCCCCGGUCUGACCAGCUCCUUUUCGAGCAGUACACGUCGGAGGGCCUCUAUCUGAAAUCGGAUUUAGUUGCAAGCAACGGUACGGCCGAGUCCCCGUCGGGCCCGACCCCCCCUGCGCACUACUCCCAGGAUAACCCGUCCGAGUUCCAGGUGGCGCUGCGCGGCUCCCCGGAUAGCUUCAGCACCAGCAGCGACGGGACAGCUCCACUAGUACCGCUACUCGGCAGGAACUUUAUCCACGAGCCUCCGGGCGAGCUGCGGCAGGUCACCAUGAAGCGGCACAAGAGUAACGAAGGCCUGGGUUUCAGUAUCCGUGGUGGAUCUGAGCACGGAGUGGGUAUCUACGUGUCUCUUGUGGAACCAGGAAGCUUGGCGGAGAAGGAAGGUCUCCGGAUUGGGGAUCAAAUCAUGAAAGUCAACGAUAAAGUCUUUGACAAAGUGUCUCAUGCUGAAGCUGUUAAGGUGCUGAAGGGCAACAAAAAACUUAAUCUCUCUGUACGGUCAGUGGGGAGGAUUCCUGGCGGCUAUGUAACCAACCAUGUUUAUACAUGGGUUGACCCUCUGGGCCAUAGUGUUUCACCUCCUCCUGACCUGCCUGAACAUCACAGUGCCACCCUCAGAAGAAGUGACAGUCAGCGAAGAAGCAACAUGCAACUCCUGCAGGAGGGAGAUGAGAAGAAGGUCAACUUAGUUUUGGAUGAUGGCCGAUCUCUUGGCUUGAUGAUCCGAGGGGGAGCAGAAUACGCUUUGGGUAUUUACAUCACUGGAGUGGAUCAUGGAUCAGCAGCAGAGUGUGGAGGGCUCAAGUCUUUGCCCAGCCCACCCUUGCAGUCCUGCCCCUCCACCACUCCUUUCUGUUCCUUGCCCUCCUCACAGGUCGGGGAUCAAAUCCUGGAAGUUAAUGGCCGCAGUUUCCUGAACAUCCCGCACGAUGAGGCUGUCAGAGUACUCAAGUCGUCGCGCCACCUGAUGAUGACGGUGAAGGAUGUAGGCCGCCUGCCUCAUGCUAGGACAGUAGUUGGUGAGACCAAAUGGAUUGCUAGCUCCCAGAUCGCAGAGAGCUCUGCAAACAACAGCUUGGCGGGAUACUCUGUGGAACAGGGAGCCUCCGCUGCUGGAAAGUCUGGUUUUUACAAGGGCGUGGCCGGGUCACAGGUGACCUUGUCCAGCCUGGUAAACCAAUCCAGAGCGAUGCUAGAAGAGCAAGCGCGGCACCUUCUGACUGAGUCGGAGCGGCAAACUAUGGGCUACUACUUGGAAGAGUACCGGGAUGGUCACAUUGGAGUUGAGGAGUUAGUCAUGGCGCUGUUCGAGCUGCUCAACACGCAUGCAAAGUUUUCUCUACUGUCAGAAGUACGAGGUCUGGUCACCCCACAGGACCUGGAACGUUUUGAUGGACUGGUCUUACGCCGGGAAAUCCAGGCUCUCAAAGCAAGACAGGGCACAGCGGGCGGUCCCACACUCCAACCGGACACUUUAUCCAUGGUGUCGUACCCUGACACUCUGACUUCAUCGACAGCCAGCUUCAUGACUAACACCACUCUUAGCUCCGCCCGGAAUGACAGCGUGGUGGAUACUAAUCAGCAGGAUCCCUUGGAAAGUCUGAACACACUGCUAGCUGACAUCUCUCUGGAUGACGUACAGUCCACCACAGCAGACUCUCCCCCCUCCUUCAAACCUCCACCCCCAUUAGGGGUGCAGAGGCGCAAGAGUAGAAGAGACCAGCUCAUCAAAUGUCCCUCAUCCGAAUCCGCACACUCGGACAUGCACCUCACAGCUCCCGCUCGCCCUAACCACUACAAAAAGCCAGGUCGCACCUCCUCAUCACCAUCACUACAUCACAAACAAGAUCCUCCCACGCUGCCUUCCAGAGACUAUGCGGCAAUCCGAAAGACAGAACUCUUGGCACCUUCCAAGAGAGAACAUAAAGCAGCCAGUCAUUUGUCCAAGGCAGUCCAACAGAGUAUUGGCCCUUUUCCACGCGUUCAGUCCCCAAGUCGGGGAGCCAAACCGGCUGACGCAUUACUGCCACCUCCGCCCCCACUUCCCGCCCCUCCUCCACCUCCUUCUCUUCCUUUUAAACCAGCUACAUUGUCCAAAGUCUCAUCCCCCGGCUCUAAGCAACAGUUUGUCACGGUGGAGGUUCACAGGCCCAACGGGGAGCCAGACGUCAAUGAGGUGCGGCCACUGCCACAAGCUAGAGGUGGCGCCCUGUCUCAGCUGUCAGACAGUGGUCAAACCCUCAGUGAGGACAGCGGUGUGGACAUAGCUGAGUCAGGACACAUCAACAAAGACAGCAGCUCCCAUUCCUCAUGCACACGACACCCUCAAGACACCCAGGGGGGUGGGGGGGACAACCCCACCAAACCGCCUGGUCUGUUGGACCCCACUUCCACGCUAGUGAGGGUGGCAAAGAGCGCAAGUACAUUGGGCAUUGCCAUCGAAGGAGGAGCCAACACUCGACAGCCAUUGCCACGAAUUGUCACGAUACAGCGGGGCGGCUCAGCUCACAAUUGUGGCCAGCUGAAGGUGGGUCAGGUGAUCCUGGAGGUAAACGGGAUUUCCCUGAGGGGCCGUGAGCACAAGGACGCCGCACGCCUCAUCGCCGAGGCCUUCAAGACCAAAGAGAGGGACUAUGUGGACUUUCUGGUGACUGAGUUCAAUGUAGCACUAUAGCUGAGUGGGAGAGGAGGGACAAGCAGGGAUUCAAGGACGAAAGGGGAGGAGGAGAUUUUCAUUUCAAAAUGGCACAACCCUUAAGAGGUGGACUUGAAGGAAAAGCCACCUCAUCUGUUACACAACAUCAAUUCUACCACGGACCUGUUUGCGAUUCUUUUCAACAUGGUACCUCUCCCGCUGUGAGACAUUAUGCACCACGGUAGAAAAUAGCAAGGCCUGUGUAACCUAUAUUUUGCUCUCUUAAUAUUAAAAUGGAUUGGCCUCCAUUUAAAAUCUACUGGAACUUCUUAGUCACCCAGGAUACCAUUUCUUUUAUUUUUAGUGUCCAUUUCUUUUCAUUUUUCCACUAUAGCACCUGGUCCAAAUUGGCUUUCCUAGACUGAAUUUAUAUAUUGUACAUAUGAAUAAAUAUAGAUGUAUAUACUCUAUACUGUACAAAGUUCUCUAUACAAAAUAUGAACUGAUUGAGAGUUCAAUCAACAUAUACACAUAUAAUCAAAAAAUAUUAUGAAUUGGAGCAGCGCACAUUUUUCUGUAUGUUAAUUUCCCCCCUUCCCUGUGAUUUAAAGGGACAGACAACACACUUAUCAUGUGCCUCCCAGUAAAAAGGAUAUUGUUACAUGAAUUGAAACACAUAAUUAUUUUUUUUUCUGGUACAAUAGUGGAGGAAAAAAUCAACAAACGCCACUAUUUCCAGAGAAGAGUUGCUCUUAGUGCACACAGGCAUUUCAUCAUUCCAGCAAUGUUUCCUCUAAUUUUUCAUGUGUCUUAGCAAAAAAGGGCGUAGGUUGGGUCUCAGUAUUGGUAGGGACGAUAUGACAGUAUAACCUACAUGUACACUUUUUGCUGGGGACGGAACAUUAAUAAAACCAAACAGAUUGGGUGAACGAGGGUCAGGGCUACAGUUCUCACCAAUAUGAACCUAAUUAAUUGAUAUGCUAAGUGAUUUUUUUGUGAAACUGAGGCUUUAGUGUAGGUUUUUGGGCUGUGGAAUGAAUUAAUGGAAUUCUAAUGUAUUCUUAUGAAAAAAUCCUGCUCGACAUAUGACCAUUUCGACUUACAAACAAGGUCCCAGAACGAAUUAACUUCGCAUGUCGGGGUACCACUGUACAAUCGUGGUGUCAGUAACUCACCAAUGGGAGCGCCGCGUUGCCGUAUCGAACGCACCAAUAUGAGUGUCGCGCUGACACAUCAUCGUGGCCCUGACAGUAGUCCGAGUGACGCUACAAUACAUUUCUGUUAAAUUUUAUAUUGUGCGCUGCAUAGAUUUUGUUGUGCACUGAGUCGCGCAUGCGCGCAGCUUGCAGUGUACCACAAAAGUGAGUACACCCCUCUCAUUUCUGCAGAUAUUUAAGUAUAUCUUUUCAUGGGACAACACUGACAAAAUGACA